CUGCAGUGCAUAAAAAAGCGUUGCUUAGAUUUUCUUGAUUAGUUUAGGAGUUAGACUCAGGCAGCCGGUUAAUCCCUUCAUUUGUUUCAAAAUUAUAAACCACUUUAAGUUUAAUUCAAUUUAAACUGAAUAAACAAUGCCACAGGGUCGAAGUAAAAGUUUAAGUUUCAGUCAAGUGAAUGAACAAAGUGGAUUAAGUACUCUUUCUUUGAAUCAAAUGAAAAUUGACAAGAAAACAAAACAAUCAGUUUAUUAUAUCUGUCAUGUCUGUAUACUUAAUCGUAAAGAAGUCAGUCUAAACGAUGAAAUGAAUCAACAAAAGGCGGAAGACUUAAUACAAAAACAUAUAAAGAAGCGUGUAGCUCAUUGUAACCUAUUUUGUCUACAAGAUCAAAUUCGACUGGAGAAAUCAAAACAAUGCGGAUCUAAUCCACCAAGAAAAUUUAUAUUAUACAAACAUAUCAAAUUUAUGCAUUUAUCUGAACAUGUACCAUACACGUUUGUUUUGUGUACAGAAUUUGAAAAAGCUAAGUGUAAAUUUUAUGAGGUUUAUAAAUGCAAAUUAUCACAAGAUGCUAAAAUGCUAUUUGUACUUAUACAGAAGGCUCUGAGUGACUCAGAAUACCUGUUGAGAGAAGAACUUAAAUAUCCUAAAACAUCAGUUGGUUCUCAGUGUAGCUUACUUUAUUAUAACUAUAACAGUAACAACGACCAUAUUUAUGAUUCUAGACGGCAGUGUGUGUUACCGCUGGGUGCUUCGUUACCAAGAAAUAGCAUAACUGGUAUUACUUCAAAUAUCUAUGUGGAACAUUCAAAUGAAUUGAUACAAAAACGACAAGGAGAUUUCGUGUCACGUAAUGAUUAUACUAGUCAGUCAAUGGAGUUAUUAGAAAACUUGAAUAGUGCGUAUAAAACAGCUAAUGGAAAUCUUAACAGUGAUAAUACAUGGCAAGUAUCUAUGACACUGUUACAAACAGAUUUUAUUAAAGGUCCACGAAUCAACGACACUGGUCCAAUUUACAUGUUUGUGGCACGACAAAUAAAGUAAGCAUUAGUUGUGGUUGAAUGAAAUAACCUAGACAAAAUAAGGAAUUAAUAUUACUCAGAAUAAUUUACUAUAAAUUUUUCUUCAAGAAUAUAAAUAAAGGGGAACACAAUAAUUUUUAAUUAUUAUUUUUCUUCUAUAAAAUUAAUGAUUCAUUAUGCGUUUAGAUCGGAUUAACUUUGGGUCUCUUUUUGAAAGAUAAAUUAUCAGUCGGCGUAUUUCAAUCAUUAUCAAAAGGAUUACCUAUAUGUUUCAACUUCUUUUUACACACGCUUCUAAUAAUUUAAAAAUAGUAAAGUAGCAUGAAAACUAGUGCAAGUUUUAUGCUAGCAAGAACUAGUAUUUAUUCAAAUACUUUUAAUCUUGAUUUUGAUUGUUUUAUUUCUUAUCUUGGCUAUUGUGUUACACAUUUUGGAAACCAUCAGUUUAUUCCAAAUGUAGUGUAAACGGUAAUAAUAAUGAUAACCAUUUCUUGAAGCCUAAAAGAAAAAAUUUCAUACAAAUGUUAGUUCUGCUUUGUUUUAGCUUAACAUUUUUUCACAACACAAUAAUUUGACUAGCCCACCAUUAAUGCAAAUAGAGAAGAUUAAAACAUAUUUAUCUACAGC